AUGGAUGGCUCUGUCUUACGGUAGGGGCCCUGACUUCAGCUGGUCUUCUGGCUUCUGGUCCACGAUUUCCUUCUCAUUAUUUUUAAAGGACGUUCAAAAGUGAAAACAACCAAAAAAGACGAUUGGGGCCGAUUAUUCAUCGCUUUGGAAAUGAGAGGGAGGCUCGGGAAGGAGAAGGUCAGUCAGCGGGAGAGACGAAAGGAAAUGCGCGACCAACGUAUAUCUCCAUUAUAAACAACUCUGCUUAUGAAUCAUUACUGGUUGCGGUUGUUUUGGCGUCGGUCUGAGUAAUCUCUGGGAGGGGGUGUCCAUUUCGAGCUUUUUUAAGAUUAUUUGAACCAAAUUCACGAUCAGUUCAUAAAGUUGAAUUUAUAGAUCCGGGAAUGACUGGUGAAACUCCAAGAUUGAGUGAGGAGAUCAAGGCCGAUGUGGCCAAACAACAUAGCCUCAGGCCAGUUGAGACUGUCGAGAAGAAUGUGCUUCCGACAAAAGAAGGUGAGUAAUCAUUUCUUAUCUCUACAUGUUUAAUUUAAAGGACUCAUAAGUAAUCUUUACAGAAAUUCAACAAGAGCGUCAACAUCACGAGUUGAAGAAAGGAAUCGAGAGCUUCGACGAAUCUACCUUGAAUAAGGUGGAGACCCAAGAGAAGUGUGCUCUGCCCUCAGGGGAGGAUAUCUUAAAGGAAAAGGCACCGCAAAUGGCUGCCGACUUCGACCGCAAUAAGUUGAAGCACGUUGAACCCCAGGUGAAGGCUCAUAUUCCAGAUGCCGAGGGUCAGUUUCUUUUAUAAUCGUGUACGGAAUAUUACCAUAAUGAAAAAUGCAUCAUCUUCUCCUUUUAGAAUACGUCAGAGAGAAGGUGAAGAGUGAGGCCUCGACCUUCGAUCAUGACAAACUCAGACAUGUCGAGCCCGAAGUCAAGACCGACGUGGUUGUCAACGAGAACUAA